CAGGGUUGGGCUAGACGGGCGCGCUCUCAGGGACGGGGGGGGCAGUCCCGGUCCUGGCCCUCCGCGCGGGUGGGCUUGGAGCAGGCCGCACCGGGCGGGAACCCCACUCCCACCCCGGAGGCCCUGCCCUUUCUCCCCUUUCCCCCCCGGCCCAUGGUGCGAGGCUGGGAGCCGCCGCCCGGGCCGGACCGCGCUAUCUCUGAAGGGCACAAAUCAGAAAGCACCAUGCCUCCUAAUAAAGAGGCCAGCAGUCUUAAUAGCUCCCCUGCGGGGCUCAUCUGCCUCCCUCCAAUCUCCGAGGAGCUACAGCUUGUGUGGACCCAGGCAGCCCAGACCAGUGAGCUGGAUGGCAAUGAACACUUGCUACAAACCUUCAGCUACUUUCCCUAUCCCAGUCUAGCUGACAUUGCUCUUCUCUGCUUACGCUAUGGGCUGCAGAUGGAAAAAGUCAAGACUUGGUUCAUGGCCCAGCGCCUCCGCUGUGGCAUUAGCUGGUCAUCUGAAGAAAUAGAAGAGACUCGAGCUCGAGUGGUCUACCACCGGGACCAGCUCCAUUUCAAAUCCCUUCUCUCUUUUACUCAUCAUGCAGGGCGGCCCCCCGAGGAGGUGCCUUCUCCAGUGCCACCUCCAGAACAAGUGGGUCUUGGAAUAGUGCCCCUGACUCUUAGCGAGCCUACCCAAAUGAAAGGAUUGAAGGUAGAACCUGAAGAGUCCUCAGAGCCGCUGAGUCACCAGAAAGCAAAGGAGCCCCUGAUGGCACCUGGUAGUGGGGCAUUCUCCCACCAAUCAGAUUUUUGGCAGGAUCUUCAAAGCAGUGGCCUCUCUAAGGAGCAGGCAGGCAAGGGUCCCAGUCAGUCACAUGGCCUAGGUUCUGCUUCCUGGAACCACUCCACAGCUGUCCACCAGCCACGUGCUCGGGAUAAGCCCCCACCAAUCUCAUUACUUGCCAGUAGUUGUAAGCAGGAGUCAGCAUCUAUUGUGACUCCUCCUUCUUCUUCUACCUCUUCUUCCACUUUCCAGGUACUGGCAAAUGGAGCUACUGCCACCUCUAAACCCCUCCAGUCACUGGGCUGUAUCUCACAGCCACUGUCACCCAAUGAACAGGCAUUGCCCCCACAUCUGGAGCCAGCCUGGCCCCAGGGGCUAAGACAUAACUCAGUACCAGGUAGGGGUGGCCCUGCAGAGUACCUUUCCCCAGAUAUGCAACGCCAGCGAAAGACCAAGCGCAAAACCAAAGAGCAGCUGGCUAUCCUCAAAUCUUUUUUUUUACAGUGCCAGUGGGCACGGCGUGAGGAUUACCAUAAAUUAGAACAGAUCACUGGCUUACCUCGGCCUGAGAUUAUUCAGUGGUUUGGUGACACACGCUAUGCCUUGAAGCAUGGGCAACUAAAAUGGUUUCGGGACAACGCAGUACCUGGUGCCCCUAGUUUCCAGGACCCAGCAAUUCCCACACCCCCACCUUCAACCCGCUCCUUGAAUGAAUGGGCUGACACACCACCUCUGCCAAACCCCCCACCCCCACCGGAUAUACGACCCUUGGAGAGAUACUGGGCAGCCCACCAACAGCUACGGGAAAGUGAUAUCCCUCAACUCAGUCAGGCAUCAAGGCUUAGCACCCAGCAGGUACUGGAUUGGUUUGACUCUCGUUUACCUGAGCCAGCGGAGGUGGUGGUUUGUCUAGAUGAAGAAGAGGAAGAGGAGGAAGAGGAACUGCCAGAAGAUGAUGAGGAUGAAGAAGAGGAGGAGGAGGAAGAUGAUGACGAUGAUGAUGAUGUGAUCAUACAGGACUAAGGGGUGGAGGAGGGGAGGGGAGGUCUGUUACUAAAAGAUGAACCAACUUAGUAACUGUUUAAACAAAGAAACCACAUUUUUUAAAUUAC